CCUGUGCCUGCAUGUGUGUAUGUGUGUGCUCCAGUCUCAGACAGUGAGACUGGAGAGAUAGCUCUAGAGAGGGAAGAGGCCUUCUUUCUCCUGUCUCCUCCUCCUCCUCCUCUCUCUCUCCAGAGAUAUAGCUGUGCUGCCUUGCUCCUAGCUCCUCCUUCCCCUCCUCUUAUCUUCUCACAGAUGGCAUUCCUUGUGGAGAGGUGCCGUGGUGGUGGCAAGAUGGCGGUGUCCAUGGACGUGGAGAUGAGCUCGCACGCCGCCAAGCCUGUGGUGCCGGCCCCCUUCCUCACCAAGACCUUCCAGCUGGUGGACGACCCCCGCACCGACCACGUCGUGUCGUGGGGGGAGGACGGCGCCACCUUCGUGGUGUGGCGGCCGCCGGAGUUCGCCAGGGACCUCCUCCCCAACUACUUCAAGCACAACAACUUCUCCAGCUUCGUCAGGCAGCUCAACACCUAUGGGUUCAGGAAGAUCGUGGCAGACAGGUGGGAGUUCGCCAACGAGUUCUUCAAGAAGGGCGCCAAGCACCUCCUCUCGGAGAUCCACCGGAGGAAGUCCUCGUCGUGCUCGCAGCCGCCGCCGCAGCUGCAGCCACUCCCUCCGCACCAGCCUUACCUCAGCCUCUUCUCGCCGCCGCAGCAGUAUCCGUCCCCGCCGGCCUGCUACCGCGUCCAGGAGGAGGACCACGGCGGCAAGGACUUCCUGGCGACGCUGUCGGAGGACAACCGGGAGCUGCGGCGGCGCAACUCGCUGCUGCUGUCGGAGCUGGCGCACAUGAGGCGGCUCUACAACGACAUCAUCUACUUCCUGCAGAACCACGUGGAGCCGGUACCGCCGCCGCCUGCGGCGGCCGCCACCGGCUGCAGGCUGGUGGAGCUCGGUUCUGCUGACACUUCCCCACCGACGACGCGGAGGCCACGCGGUGAUGACGACGAGGCGCCGGUGAAGCUGUUUGGCGUGCGGCUGAACGACGGCAAGAAGAGGAAGGCGCAGGCGGCCGUGCUGCUGGAAGAAAAAGGCGAUGGUGAUGACCAAUGCGAUGGGGUUGGCGAUAGCGAUGGCGACGGUGACCACAAUGGCCAUGGCGAUGACCAAGGAAGUGAGACGUAGGUGAUUGCGCGUAGCACGUAGAUUGUUUUUGUAGAUACAGAGUUAGCAGGUAGGCAUGCAUCC